GGAGGAGGAGGAGGAGGAACUUACGACAUAAGGAACGAAGUGUACAAGCGGCUGUUGGAGAGUGGGAAUGAGGAGGUGACUAGAAAUCCGGAAUUGCUCAGGGAGCAGUUGGAAGCUCACUUCAUUCGCUUGCCUUCUAGUUAUGGGCUGGAUAUUAAUUUGGAUAGAGUGGAAGAUGUGUUAUUGCAUCAAAAGCUUCUCAUACAAGCAAAGGAUAAGCGCCUUGCUUACCAUGUCCGCUUUCUAGAGAAUUUUUUGACUAGAGUCGAUGAAACUGAAGAUCAAGACAUUUUAAAAUCUUCUUCCAUGUCAAAGCGACAUUUCAAUGUAAACGAUGAUGAAGGGACCUCGCAUUCUGAUAGAAGGACUAGUUUGGAUGACUUUGAAGCCUGCUCUAAGCUUAAGGAUCUAAAUUUGGAUGUUAGAAAGAAAUUCAAUGGCACAAGGGUGGGAAGUUCUGAAGAAAAUAUUAUCGGAAGGGAGGUGGUUUCAUGUAUUCCAAUCCAUGAAGUAAUAUUUUCUACCAUUGACAAGCCCAAGCUUCUUAGCCAGCUUUCUGCUUUGCUCUCUGACAUAGGACUUAACAUCCGUGAAGCUCAUGUAUUCUCCACAACUGAUGGCUACUCGUUAGAUGUAUUUGUGGUGGAUGGAUGGCCUGUUGAGGAUCCAAAGGUUAUGCUUGAAGAAUUGGAAAAGGCAAUUGCUAGAAGUGAGGGGUCAUGGUCUGGUUCUUCACAUUCUCAGUCAUCAGUGGAAAAAGCUAUUUCUGCACAAGCAAAAUUUGAAGAUUGGGAAAUUGACAGAAGAUUACUGAAGAUAGGGAAAAAGAUUGCAUCAGGAUCUUGUGGUGAUCUGUAUCGUGGUGUAUAUCUUGGUCUUGAUGUUGCGGUGAAGGUCCUUAGAUCUGAACAUUUAAAUGACUCUUUGAAGAAGGAGUUUGCUCAAGAAGUUGCUAUUUUAAGGCAGGUUCAACAUAAAAAUGUUGUACGCUUCAUUGGUGCCUGCUCAAAACCACCUCUGUUGUGCAUUGUCACAGAAUACAUGUCUGGUGGAAGCUUGUAUGAUUAUUUGCAUCGGUACCAUAAUACGUUGAAGCUCUCACAACUAUUGAGAUUUGCAAUUGAUGUUUGCAAAGGAAUGGAAUAUUUGCAUCAAAACAAUAUAAUCCAUAGAGAUCUGAAAACUGCAAAUUUGCUUAUAGAUGAAGACAAGGUUGUAAAAGUGGCAGAUUUUGGUGUUGCUCGGUUCCAGAGUAAAGAGGGUGUUAUGACAGCUGAGACUGGAACAUACAGAUGGAUGGCCCCUGAGGUGAUAAAUCAUCAAGCGUAUGACCAGAGAGCAGAUGUAUUCAGUUUCGCAAUUGUUCUUUGGGAACUUGCAACAGCCAAGGUCCCAUAUAACACCAUGACCCCUUUACAAGCUGCAGUAGGUGUGAGACAGGGUCUUCGACCAGAAAUUCCUACUGAUUCACACCCUAAGCUGGUUGAGUUGAUGCAGAGAAGUUGGAAAGAAGGUCCUAGUGACCGACCUUCGUUCUCUGAUUUAAGAGUACAACUUGAGGAGCUCCUAAAGGAUGUUAAUGUUGAGGAGGAUGCCACUGAAGCAGCAAAGGGAAGCUGAAUAGAAGAAUACUCUCAAUCUAAUAUCCAUAUGCGGCAUAUACAUAUAUUUUGACAUUUACCACUUUUACACGUUUUAGAAUUUUGACGUUUACCACUUUUACACGUUUUUGAAUUUUGAAAUGAUCAUAGUAUAGUAGAGGUAAAUAGCAUUACGAUUGAAUGCUAGGGUUUUUGUUUCUCCAUACCCCACCCCCACCCCCAGUCACUGUUAACAUCUUUGUAAAUGAAUUUCUUUUUUUUUUUUUGAUGCAGCCAGCUGGUAUGUUGUUGAUGCUUACUUUUA